AUGAGUUACGACCCAAUACACGAUACUUAUACACCUGCUAAGAAGGAACCUGAACCGGAACCUGAACCGGAAUCACCGCCUCUGGAGUCGUUUUCUCGUCCACAAUCCAAUCAGGAGUCGUCGGCCCAUCCUGAGCCUCCUCUAACUCCUGCUCAACAAAACAAGACGGUACCCAUAUCUGCGUUAGUCGACACUGACUCUACUGCCAAUGCUCUGACCCCAGAACCACCACAUUCAGUGGCUCAUAGAGCCCUUAAUAUGUCCAGUAUUCUCAACAGCCACAAUUCAGAACUGCCUAUGAUGAUGGGUACGGGUACGGGUACCGGUAAUGGCACCACCGUCGCCAACACAUCCUUGUUAAUGGAUGAUACUACAGAAUAUGGAGACGAUGAUGAUGAUGAUUCGUCCAAGAAUUCGCUGCUGAAAACUACAAAGAAAAAGGGUAAGGGGAAAUCAACCAAUGUGACUUUCCGAGGAUUUAGACCUUUAAAAAAGGCAGAUGGUGAAGCAUUCUGGAGGAAAGAUAUUCAGUAUGAUUUUUUAAAGGCUCUUUUCUCUAAUGAACAAAAAGUGUUCACCAACUACUUCAAUUAUUGUUCGUUACCCAAUGCUGUUAAUACCGAGAAACUUACGUUUGCAGAGUUGUAUAUUCGAACAUUGGCUGAAUCAUCCAAAUGUUCCAAAAUAUUAAGAGAACGUUUGAUAAAAGACGUUUCUAUGGCCACUUCUGUGGCUAAAAUCUGUUUAUUGGUCAAUGCUGGACGUAUGAACACUACUGUCAAUUUUGUUCCUGAAAUGAGAUCAAACUUACGAACUUAUCAUUCCAUUCCUUCCCUUCAAACAGAUGCAACCACUGGGUAUAUCACUCCUUUACAGGAUACUCCUCGGUUGAAGUCAAUUUUAAAAGCAGUGAGUGAAUUGGAUGUAACUUACAAAAACUUGAUGGAAUUAUUAGAAGAUCCUCCAAGGAAAAAGCCAAAUACGAAUAUCAUUCAUCUUAUCUUCUUGUUGAGUACUUGUGGGAAUUCCAUACGCUUUUAUAGUGAUUUGAAAACAAGUCCCAAUAAUAUUUAUGAUAAUAAUGAGUUUAUGGAAUUCUUCACCAACGUUAAGAUUGACCCUGAAAAUAGAGCUAAACGGUUUCUUUGGAUGAUGUAUACCUAUUUGGAAACAAGCUUUCUUAAGGAAGAAUUGGAUCUUAAUCCCUUUGGAGCUGGAAGUAUUCCUCCAGUUGAAUCCAUUGAUGAAUCCAAACUAGAUGAAUUUGAUCGUGAUACUGACUUGGAAAUCAAGUUCUCCCAACACAUGUACAACACAAGAAUGAGAUACUUAAAGGAGGAUGAUUCAGGCACCAACGCCAGUGGCUCAUAUGUUGCUAAAUCAAUUCGUCAAAGAAAAUCAGAACCAAGCGCUCUUCCUACUGGUGAUUUGGAAUUUGGAGAUGGUGUUGAUGAUAAUGAAAUUAGUAGUCAAUUGCCCUUACCAACACCAACUUCUGCAGAAAAUAAGAAACAUUCCUUACCACCAUCUUCGGUGAAGAAAACAGUUGCUAAGAAGAGGAAAAUCAGAAAGAGAGACCAAAUGCAAGUUCCUUCAUCACCUACAAACGGUAAAGCAAUCACCUCUCUUGUAUCUGUUGGUGGUGAUAAUAACCCAAUUAUUAUACCACCUUCUAUCUCUGGUGGUGGUGGUACUUCACUGGAAUUGAAUUAUCUUCCCUUUCCAACUUCUAAGGACAAAUAUUCAGAUAAGAAUGUUUAUGCUAUGAACGUUAUUGGUUCAUCCAAAUAUCCAACUGAUGACAUUAGUGGUAGUAUUCAAUAUCCUAUUGGAGACUUGGGUUCUAUAUUAGAAUCGUUUGCACCACCAAGAUCCUCAUUAGAGAUCAAACCAGAUCCUCAUACUUUGGUUUCUUUCCGUCAGAACAUUAUUAUCAAGACACAGACUGUUAUCAAGCAAGCAUUAAAGGCUACUGGAUCUAAUUUCGGGUCUCGAAAAGACCUUUUGGAAGAUUGGUUAAAGUUUUUUUUCCAAUAUAAAGUGGAAUCCGGAAAUGGGUUAUUGGCAUUGGAAUGGGAAGAUAUUCGACAGGAAUUAGCAAGUGGACUUGAAAGCUAUAUUUAUACUCAACAAGGGAAGAUCAUUGCCGAACUGAAGGGAUUAUCAUCCGUGAAUCAUUUGGAUCCUAACUCCACUUCUGAAGAUUCAGUAGCGACAAAGCCUUCCAACAUGAUUAAUGUCAACUCAAAACUAAAUAAAUUGAAGUCAACUAAACCUCAGUUUCCAAUUUCUGGCAAGAUGAUAGAUUUCACGCGGUUUGAAUAUAACACUUAUGUUCCAAUACAUGAAAGUGAUCGGAACUUGGAGAAAUCGGAAUUUGUCAAUGCUUUAAUUGGUUUUGCAAGAGACAUUAGCAAGUAUAUUUUGGAGUAUGAAAGUCCCUCUGAAGAUACCAAAUUAACUUUUGAUUUGGCUAAAGGGAAGAUAAGGUUCACCUAA